AUGGCUGAUUCUAAAAUGGAUCCGAUUAAGUAUGUUUUCGAGAAACCUGCAGUAACAGGACGGAUGGCUCGUUGGCAAAUGCUGUUGACUGAAUAUGAUAUUACAUAUGUGACGAGAAAAGCCAUCAAAGGGAGCAUUAUAGCAGAAUAUUUGGCUGAUAGGGCCGUUAAUGAUUACCAAUCCAUGGAGUUUGACUUCCCGGAUCAAGAUAUUGAUUCAAUUGAUCAAGAAAAGGAAGGUAAUAUUGGGUGGAUGAUGCUAUUUGAUGGGGCAACCAACGUAUGGGGGCAUGGAAUAGGGGCUGUACUCAUAUCACCAGAGGGUAAACAUUACCCAGUCACAGCCAAACUCACCUUUCCGUGUACCAAUAAUAUAGCCAAGUAUGAAGCGUGCGUAUUGGGCUUACAGGCGGCUAUUGACCGAGGCAUUAAAAAAUUGAUUGUAAAAGGAGAUUCCGCUUUGGUAAUUUAUCAGUUGACUGGAAAGUGGGUUGAGUCCGGAAUAGAGAUUGAACCCAUUCGAAUAAGGAUGCAUAGGGAGCCAGCAUAUUGUAUAAUGAUAGAAGAAGCUGAUGGAAAGCCAUGGUUUCAUGAUAUCAAAACAUACAUUCACUGGAAGGAGUAUCCCAUAGGAGCCUCUAAUAAUGACCGAAAGACAAUUCGGAGGCUAGCUAUGGGAUUCUUCUAG